CAAACGUCGCCCACCCAAAAUGGCGAGAAGGUGAAAUUGCCUAUCCCGUUUGUAAAGUUCAUUUCUUUGUUUCUCUACAUCCUCGCGGGAUAUCGGAAAGUGUUCUUUUCCUAAUCAAUGUGUUAUGUAUUCGAAUAACAAAGAAGUUUCUGCAAUGAAUUACCUGAAAUAUACUUUUUAAUAUCCAACUUUUAAACGAUAACAGCAAUAUCAGAGAAAAUCAAGCCGUCAUCAUGCGAGAAUACAAAGUGGUCGUUCUGGGAAGUGGCGGAGUUGGGAAGAGUGCAUUAACAGUCAAAUUUGUCUCUGGGACUUUCAUGGAAAAGUACGAUCCAACUAUUGAGGAUUUUUAUAGGAAGGAGAUCGAGGUGGAUUCCGCACCAUCGGUGUUAGAAAUUCUGGACACAGCAGGCACUGAACAAUUCGCUUCAAUGAGAGAUCUGUACAUUAAAAACGGGCAGGGUUUUGUCAUUGUUUACAGUAUAACAAGUCUUCAGACUUUCCAAGACAUAAAAACUAUGAAAGAACAAAUUAUCCGUGUUAAAGGAAUAGAGAACAUACCAAUGAUAUUAGUUGGAAACAAAGUUGACUUGGAACAUCAGAGAGAAGUGCCACGCACAGAGGGCGAGACUUUAGGGCACAUGUGGGGGUGUCCUUUUCUCGAGACAUCGGCUAAAAAUACCCAAAAUGUGAAUGAAAUUUUUAUUGAAAUAGUUCGAGAAAUGAACACUAGUCCAGUAAAGGAGAAAGGAAAAUGCUGUCGUUGUGUGAUUUUGUGAAAAAGGUAGAAAAUAGUUGACCAAUGAAAACCAAGAAUCAAACCAUGUAAUCCUGCCUGGCUGUUUCAUUGUUGCCUGGCCAAGUGCUUUUUUGUUACUCCAGUAAUGAACCAAUCAGAUGCCUUUUUGCAUGUGUAACCAUGACUACAUCUUGCAUCAACUUACCAUUCUGGAAAGAAGACUUCUUCUAAUGCAGGCCAGUUUCUGUUGACAAUUCUUUGGUGCGAGCUAUAGCUGUUGAGAACAAAAUUAUAGAAGAGAUGUCUGCUCCAGUGUUUCCAUAAUAUCAAAAACAAAAUGAAGAAUCGUCAUCACUUUUGUAUUGCAAAAAUUGUUUAUAUACAUUCUUAAUUUUUUUUUACAAUUUAUACUUAAGGACUAGGUCAUUGAUUAUUUACGAUAGAAAUUCAUAGAGUAUGGCAUGUAGAAAGAUUCAAAGCAUACUAUUUUCUUGUUUUAAUAUAUCUUGGAUAUGUAUUUGGCUUGUAAAACCAUGUCACAUAGGAUUGUAUAGUAAAGGGGUGUAUGAAAAUGUAUAUAUUUUACAUGUUGUACUAUACCUUAGUGAUGAAUAGUAGUGAAAUCACAUGUGAUUUUUACCCAGCAGAGUAACAUUAUUCAUAUUAAUAGAUAUUUGUCAUUUGUGUCAAACAAGUAGAGGCCAUUUAUUGUUGAUUAUGCAUGUUGUGCAAUGAUAUAUUAUACCAUGAUUAUUAUGCUUGUAUAUAAAAUUAAAGUAUUGCAGAAGCUUUAAAAUUCAUGUACACGUACGUUUCUAUACUUAAUCUGAGAAAUCAAUCACUAGGUGUGAUAUUAGUCAAAUGCUUUGUUAAUUAAGCCUUAUAAUUUUGCCAACAACUGUCAAAAUGUUUGUAAUUCUGUAUAUAUUGAAUUUUUAUAUUGUUUUUUAACAGUAUGUUUGUAUAUAUACGUCACAAGCAUCUCAAAAUCCAAUGGUAUUACAGUUGAGUCAUGCAGAAAAAGGGAAUGUGUGCUACUGGAUUUUUUUCAAAAUUUUUUUAAUUAAACUUUUAAGAUAAUUUAACUCAACAUUCAGAAUAGACUGAAAAUUACAUGCAGAUACUUUUAAAUUAUAUGCAGAUAAUUUUAAAUCACAUGCGGAUAAUUUUUAAUUACAUGCAGAUACUUUCCGCAGGCAAUGGCAUUUGACUCAGUCCCAAUAUCAAACAGUAUUAGGCAUAUCGUGUAGAUCGAGACAUGAAGAAAUGGCAACUUCUUUCUGAUAUCUUAAGCCAAACAGAAGAAUUAUCAAACAUUAAGUACAUGUUGAGAUAGCACAAACUUCUAGUUAAAGUAUAUAGAGAACCAUUGUACCAUAGUAAAUAUCAGUUCAUACGAUUUCAGAUCUAUCUAUGACAUUGUAUAAAAAAAUUAUUCUGUAAUGGAAAGAGGAAGUUAAAGUAAUCUAAUUAAAAUGUGUAACGAUUGUAUAAUACCAUAGUGCACAUAUUAUAGAAUAUUUAGAUUCAUAUACACGUAUAUUAUUUUUCCAGGAAAUUUGGAAUGAGUAAAACAGGAUUUUCUUUUUAAAAAAUGUCCAUGAUUGUACAUUCAGUGGGUGAUUGAAGUGAUAUAGGACUAGUGCCAUAUAGGGGAAGAAAAUUGUAAUGUUUUCUUUAUAAUUAUUAGAACAGACAGAUUUUGAAAUGUAAAAAAAAUAGAUUAAAUAGGUGUUAAUUUAGAAAGUCAGACAAAAUGAACUUGUGUUUAUUUUUAGUUUAAGUGGGUACUUGUUCGUGUUGUGUACUUUAAAAAAAAUGUUUUUGUGAAAAUAGGUUGACAACAGAGAGUGAAAGGCCUUGUUAUUUUUGGAGGGGUGUAAAGAUUUCUCUGUGUUAAGGAUGACUGUAUGGCGGCCCCUUGUGGUUACAUAACGGUCAAGAUUGUUGCACUUGCAGACACUUGUGUACAAGUAGACAUUGGAUUAGGCUUGCUACUUCAUGUUUAGUCAGUGUGAAACACAAGUUGUAGGAUGUGUAAUUUUAAGAGUAAAAAAUGCCUAAAUAAGAAAAAUUAUUCACCAAAAAUAUGUACGGUAUGUAAAAAAAAAUUGACGUAUCAUCCCAAGAUAUUCUAUAUAUAAAUGGGUUAUAAAUAAGGAAGGGAAAAUUUUUUUUCAGGGUUCGUCAUUUAUUCAUUGAUAGUUCUUAUGAAUUUAAUUUUAGAUUUACUUCCCUUGGCUAAUGGAAGUUAUGAUAACAAAAGGAAACAAAGGAAAAAAAGACUUUCCUGAUGUGCGUUUGUGGGGGUAUAUGUACAAAUAAGUUGUUAAAUUUGAGACUUUUUGACUUUCGACACAUUUGUAAUCAUUAUUGUCAAGAUGUUUCAAACUUAAUUUGUACAGAUAGGAGAACAUGUAGAAAAUCUUGAGCCACUCUAAAGAAUUUGGGUGAAAUGUUGAAGUGAUAUACUUGUAGCUUGUUGAUAUGAAAAUGUAAUUUUGGGUUAUGUUUUUCAUAGACUGUGAUUCACUGAUUUAUAUGGAAUACAUGUAUUUUCGAGGAAGGACAAAUAGAAUGGUAUAUUUAUAGCUUAAGUUUAAAAGUUCAGUGAGCUUUUAUCCAAGUCUGCCAGAAAUAUUGAAAUGGCUUAUUUGAAAGGAGGUCAUGCAUGUUGAUUUAACACAUUGUCAUUGUGGAACUGAUAUUAUUUAUUAACAUAUAUAUACAUAUUAAUAUUCAUGUGCAUCAGGAAUGUACACAGGUGUUAGGCAAUAUUAUUAUGUUAUACAGAAUGAUGUAAAUGUAUUUAUGAAAUAACAAUUUUCUCCAGAAAGGCGAUUUUGUGAGAAACGAAUCCAGUUACAAUUUUUAUUUAUAUUCAGAUCUUUACUGUACAUGCAAAACUGCACAAAAAAUGCUAAAUCUGAUUUUGAUGAUUGUUGUAUUAGGGUUUUAGCAAUGGCUGACCGUUUAGCAACACCUGUAGUCUGACAUAGUGACUGCUCAGUGUAUAUUACUUAGCUGUAGCUUGCUUGGCUAUAAGUGUACUAUUUAUACACACCAAUCAGCAUUAAGAUGUAAAUCAAGGUCAAAGGUCACUGUAUAAAAUUGAGAGCUUCCGUUUUAUUUUAUCCAUGAAUGGUCACAUUUAUGAUUUUUUUAAAAAAUCUGUAUUUUAAAAAGAAAGAAAAUUAUUAUUUUUGUGUAAAAUUUCUGUGAAUUUGUGUUUUUGAAAGGCUAGAUUUAAGCUUGCAAUUAGAAAUCUCACGAUUAUUGUUUCAGUUGUCGAUUUUCAAAGUCUGUUCAUUUCGUUCCUGAUUGUUUCCCUUUUUAUUCUUCAGUACCUCUAUUUUGUAUUAUCAUCGACAGUUCUUGCUUUGUGUCAAUGUGAUUUGAAUACACUCACGUAACAAAAGAAAACCUUUAUAAUAAAAUGUAUACUCUGAA